AUGACUCUCCCAGAACCCAAGGAGUGGCUCCUCGACGAGGAAAACGAGCUCAGAAUCGAAAUCGACUUUGAUACCAAAGUCAAGUUGCGCCUUGUGACAGGAACGGCAGAGGUCUUUGGAACAGAGCUGGGACAGAAUGUCGACUAUGAGUUCUCGGGACGAAAGAUCGCCGUCUUUACGUGGCAUGGAUGCAAGAUCCUGAUCACGGGAACCUGCAGUGUCGAAUAUAUCGCCAACGAGACACCCAUGCUGAGCUACCUCAACACCCACAUUGCCCUGGAGCAGCGUCGUGUCCUUGCCACCCAGAACAACAAAGCCGGUCCACGGGUCAUGAUCGUUGGUCCUAACGAUGUGGGAAAGACAUCCCUUUCGAAAAUGCUUCUCAGUUACGCCCUCAGGCAAUCACGUCAGCCCAUCUACGUCGAUCUGGACUGCAGUGAGGGCUCGAUUACUAUGCCAGGAUGCUUGACAGCGACGCCAUUGACAGAGAUGAUUGAUGUGGAAGAAGGAUUCGGUUCUUCAGCAACUUCUGCACCCACUGCAGGAUCAGCUGUGAUGCCCCUGGCGUAUUACUACGGAUUUCCAUCUCCCAAGGACAACACCAAGCUCUACUCGCUGUUGUUAGCUCGUCUCGCUCAGUCUGUCAACAGGAGAUUGGAGGAGGACGAAGCAGCGCGCACAUCUGGAAUCGUUAUUGACACCAACGGACUGAUCGACGCGACCGGAUAUGAGAUUAUUGCUCAGUGUAUCAAGGCCUUUUCAAUUGACGUGAUUAUCGUAUUGGGACACGAGAGACUGUACGCGGACAUGACCAGGUUACAUCAAAAGUCAGGAGUGGCGGUUAUCAAGCUGGCCAAAUCGGGAGGCGUUGUUGAGCGCGACAAUGCAUUCCGGAGACAGACCCAGAACCAAAAGAUCCGCGAGUACUUUUACGGAACCUCGAAAUCAGAGCUGGCACCCUACUCGACCAUGAUCAACUAUCACGACAUUGAGAUCUUGCAGGUCGGUGAAGGAUCAUUGGCGCCUUCAUCAGCACUCCCUAUUGGCGAGGAUCGUAAAGUGAGCGAGACGCAUGUGGUCAGCGUGGAGCCAAGUGAGAACUUGUUGCAUUCUGUGCUGGCAGUUUCGAAUGCAGAUAAGAGAGUCGAGCCGGAUAUCUUGGAGACCAACCUGGCGGGAUUCAUUUACGUCUCAGAGAUUCAUGAUUCGAGGAAGAAGCUGACAGUGUUGUCGCCUUGUCCUGGUAGGAUACCCAAGAAGUUUUGGUGGUUGGGUAGUCUCAAGUGGGCCGAGGACUAA